CCCCCUCCAUGGGCUCUGGAUCCAGCUCCCUGUGGAAAACGAAUGGUGUGUGGGUUAAGAAGGAGGAAGAAGGCUGUGUACCCUCUGACCUCAGGUUUUAUAUAAAUGCUGCAGCGGAUAAGAAUGUAAAAGUAAAUUCAGGAAACGAAUUGAUCCUCCAUAUUUAAAGACAACAAAAGCCACAUUGUACAAAAGUGACACCAGCUUUACCUCUUCUUGUAUCACAAUGGACCAUCUAAUUGCUCAGACUAUGGAGGGGGAUCCUGUCACAUUGCAUCAGCUGGUUCCAAGUCCUCAUAGUGAAGCUGUCGCUCACGAUUUCCAGGAAUUGUCUCUUCAGUCUGUGCAGCAAUUACCUCCUCUUAAGGAACGUAAGAACGUACUUCAACUUCGUCUCCAGCAAAGAAGAACGCGAGAACAACUGGUCGACCAGGGCAUCAUGCCACCCUUAAAAAGUCCUGCUGCAUUCCACGAGCAGAUCAAGAGCCUGGAGCGAGCGAGGACUGAAAACUUCCUGAAGCACAAGAUUCGCAGUCGGCCAGAACGCUCAGAGUUAGUGAGGAUGCACAUUCUAGAAGAGACCUUAGCUGAGCCCUCGCUGCAAGCAACUCAGAUGAAACUAAAACGGGCAAGGCUGGCAGACGAUUUGAAUGAGAAAAUUGCGCAGAGGCCGGGCCCAAUGGAACUGGUGGAGAAGAACAUUCUUCCGGUUGAUGAAUGUUUAAAAGAUGUCAUUAUAGUUGGUCAAGCGAGUUACCCUGAGCCCCUGGAUACUUUGUCUUUUGAUGAAGACAGCAGCGAUGCUUUGUCCCCAGAGCAGCCUGCAAGCCAAGAGUCGCUAGGGUCAGCGGCAUCUCCGGGAGAGAUAAAAACCAGUGAUUCGUCAUCUCCCAUAUCUAACAUUACCAUUCAGUGCCAAACUGUAAGCUCACCUGUUCCUGAAGCACUUAAACCGGCACCGGCUACUGAUGCUGUGACACGCUCCCCUGUGUCUUGUCCGGUCUCCAAGCCCGGACCAACACUGGUAAAGCAAAGCCAGCCCAAGAAUGCCAGUGACAAGUCUCGCAGCAAGAAGUCAAAAGAACCCAAACCGCGGGUAAAGAAGCUAAAAUACCAUCAGUACAUACCGCCAGACCAAAAGGGGGAGAAGAUUGAACCAGAAAUGGAUACCAACUAUGCCCGUCUGCUGCAGCAACAGCAGCUGUUCCUCCAACUGCAGAUACUGAGUCAACAGCAACAACACUACAACUACCAAACCAUCUUACCUGCGCCACUCAAGUCACUAAAUGACAAACAAAACGGGAACACAAUAAGCAGCAAUGUGAAUAACAACACAUCAGUACAGGGGAUGCUGAACAGGCAGAAUAGCGCACUGUGUAAGAAAGCCGGACCCCUGCCCUCCAACCUCGAUGACAUGAAGGUUGCUGAGUUGAAAAUGGAAUUGAAGUUAAGAGGUUUGCCAGUAUCUGGCACAAAAACAGAUCUUAUAGAACGUUUGAAACCAUACCAGGAUCUGAACAAUAAUGGAAUUCCCACAAGCAACUCAAUUGCAGUUACCACCAGUUCCUCUUCGGCUUGUAAUGGCAUGGAAGAAACAACUGUGGUCUUUACUACCGCGUCUUUAACUAAUGCUACAAGUGCUACCCCAAGUUUUUCCACAGACACAGGCUCCGCUGGGGUUGUGAAUAACCACGUUACCGUAGAGGGCAUUAACUCUCCUUUGCCUAUGUCUCCAGCUCCUUCAGAACAAUCCAACUUUAGCACAGAAGACACUAAUAUGACUGAUACUUUUGCUGAAAUCAUAACAAUGAUGUCACCAUCACAGUUCAUGAACACAUCCCCUUUAAAGAUGCACUUAAAUGACGAUAGUAUGGGAAACACUAACAGCAUGGAUUUAGAUGCUGCUGAGAAAGACCGUAAGCUCCAGGAAAAGGAAAAACAAAUAGAGGAGCUCAAAAAGAAGCUGGAGCAAGAGCAGAAGCUUGUGGAGGUGCUGAAGAUGCAGUUGGAAGUAGAGAAACGUGGUCAGCAACAAACUCCCUCUGUGAUGUUGAAUACGGACCCAAAGCAGUUCAGUGCUCAAGUUAAAGAAGAGAACUCUGCGGCUGACUGUCAGUAUUCCAGGCAGCCAGUGGUGUCAAGUGGUCAUUUAUUUGGACAGACAUGUGUACCUGCCAAUAGCCAGAACCUUAUUGCCAACAGUGCUGUAGUCAUCAAGCAUGAGGUUUCUUUAGCCAAACCAGAACACCAGAACAUUUUCCCACAAUUUUAUGUCACUUCUCAGAGGCAACCACACACCACUGUAGUGGCUCAGCCCCAGGCUUUGUUAACGGGACCAGCACAACUCCUACUUCCAGUUUCCAUCAAAACCACCAAUGGCGUGCAACUGUCCAUGGUUCAGGCUCAGCCACACGUCACAAGUCCAGCUCAGAAUCUGGUUUCCACGUCUGGUUCAUCUACUACUCUGGUCCAAACAGUCCAGACGACAUCUCCACAGAAACAGACGUCACCUCUGACACCAGACACGUUUACAUCUCAAGCACUAAACCAAAACCAGCAAACAAUGACGAUUUGUCCUCCUGCAACAACAAACAGUGUAUUUUCAUUUCAAAAACAUCCAGUCACAGCAGUUUCGCAGGCAAUCAGCAACAGCAAAUCCUCAAACAUCCUUCAGCCAAGAACACAUCAGGUUACUCCCGUACAGAACGGCCCUACUCCCCUGCAAGAGCAGUCUGGCUCUCCUUCGCAGACCCAACAGUACAUUGUUCAACAUUGUGUAUUUAAUAGCCCAACUUCCAAAUCUAAAGAUCCUCCCCGCUAUGAAGAGGCGAUAAAACAGUCUCGCAACCUUCAAACCACCCAUACAGAGAUAACGAACGCGCACAGCCAGCAAAUGGAUGAUCUGUUUGAUAUUCUCAUUAAGAGUGGCGAAAUUUCUCCUCUUAUAAAAGAAGAGCCGUCACCCAUAUCUAAGAUGAGGCCAGUUACUGCCAACGUGACCACUAUGCCAGUGAAUACUGUGGUAUCAAGACCACCGCCCCAAAUACAUGUAGCACCUCCACUGUCUUUAGAACCAACAAGCAGUCUGUCCGUAAGUUUAGAAAGUCAACUAGAAGCAUUUUUAGAUGGAACAAUGACACCAGGAAACAGCAUUCCUCAUCUAGACAGCAACAGUGAUAGAGAAGCCUAUUCGCUGAUAGAUGAACUGAACAACGAUCUCAUCCAACAUCCUAGCAUGCUGGAUCAUGACUCUACACCAAUGGAGACCAGUGACACACCAUUCACAGCAAACAGUUGCUUGUCGCUAGACCUUAACGACACCAAUCUAGACAACAUGGAGUGGCUGGACAUUACUAUGCCUAAUUCUGCAUCUUCUCUUACGCCUCUUAGCGCAACUAUACCAAGUAUGUUCAACACGGAUUUUUUGGAUUCAAAUGAUUUGCACUUACAAUGGGAGUAAAGAACUAAAGUAUUUCUGAACACAGGGAUUUCAUUUAUUAAACCAUGUAGGUUGAAAUACGGUGGUAACUCUAAUAAUUAGGUCAUAUGACAGAAUAGAGAGAGCUGUAUAUUUCCUUUACGGGUUUCUCAAUACUUCUGUCCUAGAUUGAUCACUAGAGAAGACAUUAGACUGCACAAAAUAAAAGGAAACUAUUGUCGUUAGGUAUAAAUAGGAAUAAGUCCAGCUUCAUAUGAGGUAUGAAAAUAUGACUGCAGCAUUGUUCAAACACAUUGGAUAGUAGCAGACACAUUGUAUAGAAUUAUUUUUUGUAAAUUUUUUAAAUGACUGCACUUGAGUGUUCCUGUGAACAGGCUGAGCCAAUGUGCAUUCUGAGAUCUUGGGCAAAAAAAAGCACUGGCUGGUCCAGUGGACCCUCAUUGGGAUACAGCUUUCAUUAAAGGAAUACAAUUCAGAAACAUAUGUGCAAUGUAUUAUUGUUGAUAGUAUAUACCCCUUGCAUAAACAAUAAGGGUUUCAGUUAUAUUGCAAAAGAAAACAAAAUGGUGGCUUGGCUGCAUAUAAACAAAUUGCUUCUGCGCAUUUUUAAAGUUUGCCACUGGUAACAUAAAUGAGAUGGUGUUAUAUCUUUGAAAGUGUAAGUUCUACAGUUCAUAUUUUAAUAUUCUCCAUAGAACAAACACAGAAAUCUGUUUCAAUUGGUAAAAUCAGUGUGCAGCUUAAUUUCAGCUUUCCAGAAUGAAGGUAACAGAAAGGGAAUUUCAUAGGCUCCAAUCCAGAGCAUGCUGUAAUAUAUUGUAAAAAAAUAAUAUGUAUUAAAAGAUUUUUUAUAAGCAGAAAUUAUUGGAGGCUAAAAGGAAACAAUGCACAAUCCUUGCUUAAAUGGUUAAGCUGGCAAACACCAAAAACAAGGGAUUAUAUUAAAAAAAAGAAACGUCAGCAUAUUUGAUAUGUGUUGUCCAAAAGAAGUGUACAUAAAUGUUGGAUAAAUUCAUUGACAAGCAUUCACUUACAGAUCUCCAAUUAAAAAAAUGCUAAACUUAAAAAUGUUUGUAAAUAUGGAAAAUAUCUUUGUUCUUGGUAACGCAAAGGAAAAACGUUUUAAGAAUAUGGAGAAGAGGCAUCUAAUCUAUUUGUAACUUUAGGCAGAAUAUAUGGCUCUUUUACAAGUAACCAGCCAGUAUUUUGUAUUAUUAUGUGGUAACAGAGGGCUUAGCGCUGUAUUUGUGGGUAUAUAGCUGCUGUAAUAUCUGUUACUUUUCUCUAUGUGGUUUGUAAUGCUGAUGGGGGUAGAUCUCAGCAAUUACCCAGCCUUCCUGAAAAGCUAUUAGUAACCUGUAUGCGUAAAGAGAAAACUGCAUGUUUAGAAGUAACAUGAGAAAGAUACAAUUGUAGAGUUUAAGGGUCUUUAAAAUUCCAUUAAAGGGACAUUAAAGUCAUUUCUUAUAUAUGCUUUGUAGAUAUCAGCAAUUCAUUUUCUGUUCUGAGUGGGCAUUUUGUUUGCAGUCCAGGGACAUACCCAUUUGAAAACCCUCUUCAGUAUUGUUGGUCUUAGCUCCAUUGCUAGUUAAGGACAGAUAUAAUUGAUCCCCUGAUCCGAUCUACUAAUUGCUGCGUAUGAAGGUCCUGCAGUAUGAACCCCCAGCCUUGCUGGAAAAAAUGAGUAAAGUAUAUUAUGAAAUUACAUCUUAUUUUUUAUUUAUUUUUUACUAUGCAUAAAUACUUUUUUAUGGAGGUGUCCGUUUGUUUUUGUAGUACCUUGUCCUUUUAAUAGCAAAAAGUAUUCCUUGCACUUAUAACUACAAAUCUCUACCACUUACUUUACCUGAGAACAGGCAGGGAGAAUAUUUAUCUUUCUUAUUAAACACACAUUGUACCGUGCGCCUGAUGACUACUGUAACACUGACCAGUAUCUGUUGUCAGUAUCAUAUAAUGGAUGCGCAUGUGCACUUGGUCAAUACAGCAGAAACAUUACUACAUUACCACUACAUCACUACAUUACAUUACUAGCUGUACAACCGUUCCCAAACCCUUUGAGUCCUUUUUUCAUUAUAUUUUCACAGGGCAAUCGUCUGAUAUCACUUUUACCACAGUAUAUAUAUAUAUAAAGUUCUAGAACUCAAAUGAGUAUAUAUAUAUUUAUUUACUUAAUAGCUUGCAUUAUUUCCAAAGAAAUGACUCAGUAACUCUUUUUUGGAAUUUUAUACUAAGUAACAGAGUGAUUGGUAAAACAUUUUUAGUCCUUAGAGUACUUUUUUUAAUCCAAUGUAUGGUAUUUACUCAAACACAGUAUAAAGAUUGUAUUGCUGCUGUAGAAUUGUUUUUAACAUUCUGCAAUAAAAAAGAAGGGACUAUGUAUAGGUAAACUAACUAAAAUUAACUGCAUACUGAAAAGCUGUAAACAAAUUAGGCAAGUGUCAACAUCUGUCUUAUCUUCUCCCAGAUUUUAAAUUCAGCCACUUAAACUUCCUUUACUGAAAAAAGUAUUUUUUGGUAUGGGAAUAGUUUAGGUUUCUUAACCAUGUCCGGUAUUUUUAUAGGUAGCAUGCUGUACUAAUAUAUAUAUAUAGAUACUAAUGUGCAUAGGUUUGUAUAAAAUUAAUGUUCUUACAAAGUAGAUCAUUAUCCUUCAAUUUUAUCCACAUUAUGAAAAAAGCACCCCAUAAAAUCUCAAAUAUAAUUAGUCCAAUAAGAAUGUUUGCUUAACAGAUCUCUGCUCCCUAUUUACAAAUAUGCUAUUUGGAUUUUAAAUGAUUAUUUAUUUAAAAUUAGAUUCUUGCACACUUGAAAACCUUUCACAUUAACAGGACUUUUAUUUCUAUGUUAACUCUUAUGACCUGAAGCUUAAAAGUACCCACUAAGCUGGUGAGAUGGUAGUUAGGAAACUAUCCUGUCACGUGACCUCUCCCUUAUAAAUAUCGUAGUUGCGCACUUUCUAUUUUGCAGCCUUUUAAACAUGUAACACCUUGGUAAUUCUGAGAGGCACAACAUUUCGAUUGCAUCAAGUUGUUAUACAUUGGUCUUCAAUUAUUUUCAAGAUUUACAUUGUACUCAAAAAAUGUAUGAUUUGCAAAUGAAAGAGCACCAGUUAUAUGUGUUGGGGAAAAUAAUAUAUAUAUAAUAAUAACAUAUGACUGUAAUUAUACGUGAUAACAGAGGAAACACACUAUGGAAAUGGAUUUACUUGAUAGUUUUUUACCUUCUACUAUAGCAAGAAAAUUAAAUUAGUAUAUGAAUAAGACAUUUCGCACCCCAGUCGCCAACAGCCAUCUGUAGAAUACAUGUAUGUUUAAAUACACCCUUUCAGAAUAUAGUAUAUCACAAUGGUAACUGAUUGUCUUGCUUGUACUCAAGCAGUGAGUCAGGUGAUACCCAAUACACAUUAUUAUGUAUUAGGGACAUUAUUGCACACUAAUAAUCAGACUAUAUAGUCAUGUGUGUCUACAACUAGAUAUGCUGUUAAUGUUACAUGUAUGUACCACUGAUACGGGAAAUGUAUGAUUCUUCAGUGUGCAGACAUUAGCAGAUAGCCUUAAUUUAAUGCUGCAGUGUAGAGUCUAAGACAAGCAGAGAUUAGCAGAUAGACUUUACACUGCAGCAUUAAAUGAAGCCUAGGAAAAGCAGACAUUAUCAGAUAGACUCUACACUGCAGCAUUAAAUGAAGCCUAUCUAUUAAUGUCUGCUUGUCUUAGACUCUACACUACAGCAUUAAAUGAAGCCUAAGACAAGCAGACAUUAACAGAUAGAUUCUACACUGCAGCAUUAAAUGAAUCCUAAGACAAGCAGACAUUAACAGGUAGAUUCUACACUGCAGCAUUAAAUGAAUCCUAAGACAAGCAGACAUUAACAGAUAGACUCUACACUGCAGCAUUAAAUGAAGCCUAUCUAUUAAUGUCUGCUUGUCUUAGACUCUACACUGCAGCAUUAAAUGAAGCCUAAAACAGAGAUUAGCAGAUAGGCUUCAUUUAAUGCUGCAGUGUAGAGUCUAGGACAAGCAGACAUUACCAGAUGGACUCUACACUGCAGCAUUAAAUGAAGCCUAUCUGUUAAUGUCUACUUGUCUUAGACUCUACACUGCAGCAUUAAAUGACGCCUAAAACAGAGAUUAGCAGAUAUGCUUCAUUUAAUGCUGCAGUGUAAAGUCUAAGACAAGCAGACAUUAACAGAUAGGCUUCAUUUAAUGCUGCAGUGUAGAGUCUAAGACAAGCAGACAUUAACAGAUGGACUCAACACUGCAGCAUUAUAUGAAUCCUAAGACAAGCAGACAUUAACAGAUAGGCUUCAUUUAAUGCUGCAGUGUAGAGUCUAUCUAUUAAUGUCUGCUUGUCUUAGACUCUACACUGCAGCAUUAAAUGAAGCCUAAGACAGAGAUUAGCAGAUAGGCUUCAUUUAAUGCUGCAGUGUAGAGUCUAGGACAAGCAGACAUUACCAGAUGGACUCUACACUGCAGCAUUAAAUGAAGCCUAUCUGCUCAUCUCUACUUGUCUUAGACUCUACACUGCAGUAUUAAAUGAAGCCUAAGACAGACAUUAGCAGAUAGGCUUCAUUUAAUGCUGCAGUGUAGAGUCUAAGACAAGCAGACAUUAACAGAUAGGCUUCAUUUAAUGCUGCAGUGUAGAGUCUAAGACAAGCAGACAUUUUGCUGUGCUAGAAAAAAUACAAUAGAAAUCUGAAACUCAUGACAAACACUUAUAUAUUGAUAAAUGUCAUUGCCUUAAAUAUACUGUAUAUACAAUUGGAAAGUGAUUUGUGCUCUCUGCACAAACAAGAUAUAUUCAUGCAGAAGAGACGUUUCUUUUUAUCGAUUUUAUAUAUGUUUACUUUCAGGUCAUACACAUUCUAUUGGGUUCAAAUCUUUUUUUUAAAUUAUUUUCCCUUUAACGUAAUGUAGUGAAAAAAAGUGUGUUGUUUUUUUGUUUGUUUUACUUUAUUUGCCGAGUUCAAAUGGUAAAAUUUAUAUUUUUUCUAAGAUAUAUAAAAUAAUGUAUAUGUUCCAAUUGAAAUAAUUUGUAUACAAUGUAUUGCAAUUUCACCAAAUAUUCUAAUUAAUCUUUGAUUUUUGGUGAGUUUUAUGCAUUUGUAAAAACCUGGGACUAAUUUAUGAAUUUUAAGACUGGCUUUAUACAAUUUUUACUGACAUAGAGACUAAAAUUAUUUCACAGCUCUUCAAGUUUAAGCCAAUUUUGGUACUUUGUAUGCAUCAUAUUGACUCAUACUAUAACAUUGUUUAAGAAAAAUAACCACAUAAGAUACAUUUCUUUAAAAUAUGUUUUAUAAAUAUGUACAAAUUUAAAAUAAAAUAGGAACAACUUUGUAUUUAAAGGGAAACUGUUCCCAAAUUUUUUCUUUUGUGAUUCAGAUAGAGCAUGCAAUUUGAAGCAACUUUCUAUUGUACUCCUAUUAUCAAAUUUUCUUCAUUCUCUUGGUAUGUUUAUUUGAAAAGCAAGAAUUUAAGUUUAGAUGCCAGCCCAUUUUUGGUGACCAACCUGGGUUGUCCAUGCUGAUUGGGCAGCACCAAUAAACAAUUGCUGUCCAUGGUUCUGAACCACAAAUUUGCUGGCUCCUCAGCUUAGAUGCUUUCUUUUUCAAAUAAAGAUAUCAAGAGAACAGAGAAAAAUUGAUAAUAGAAGUAAAUUAGAAAGUUGCUUAAAAUUGCAUGCUUUAUCUGAAUCACAAAAGAAAAAAAUUGGAUACAGUGUCCCUUUAAUGUGAAUUUAAAAGAACCAGUUAUUGGCAGAUAAUCAUUUGCCUUUGAUAUACAUUUGCUGGCUGCUAUUUGGUAAUGUGGAAGGCUGGCAACUUUAUUUAAAUAGUGUUGUAUAAUGCAAAGCCUCAUUUAAUGUAAACCCAUUUAAUUUCAACAAGCAAAAUCAUGUGCUAUUCUGUUAACACAUAAGUGUGGUCUUGCACUGUAACACUAUUAAGCAUUUACAAUCUUUAUUUGUGGUUUUAACUUACUAAAGACUUAAAGGCUCUAAUGCUGAACUACGCUUGCUUCGAUAAAGUGCAGCUAAGAAAUAAUUUGUGUUGUUUUUAUGCAUUGUUUGUGUAGCAGUGUUCUUGGCCUAAAACUGCACAUUAGUUGCGGUAUUUUUUUUAAUUACAUUAGAUGUAUCCUCUAUUUGAAUGUGCCUGUGUGUUCAUAAGAGUCUCUGUCUAAAUAGGAGCUGUCUCAAUGCAAUUUAGCAGUGCCACCAAAUUUGAAAGGUACAUCAUAACUUUCCCAGGAAAGCAAGGGUCUAUCCAUAGUGUGGACAUCUUGGGAAUGUGAUGAUGUCACUUUAAAGCAUUUCUCCACGUUUAAUGUGCUGCUGGUCCUUUAGAAGUUAUCUGUGUGUGUUCUUAGUUUUAUUUUAUUGCUUAUUGAUAUAUUUACAUAAUAAGACAAUCUGUAAUCUUUAUCCAUAGGACUCAAAGGUGCUCUUACUGGAUGGAAUAUGAAUAUAUAUUUUUUUGUUUUAUUAUUAUUAUUUUUUAAUGUUUUUAAAUUGGCUGGAAAAAAAACUCACCUCCCAGCUGGAACGAAUUAAAGGGACAUUAAAUUCCAAUAUGUUGUGUUGUGCAUACUUAAGAGCACUGUUUAUACAAGGAAUAAAAGUAUUUUUUGUUUCCCUUGUUUUACUAAACAAAUACAGCUAACACACCUUUUUCAGAUGCAACAAUCAAAACAAAUUAUUUAAUGUCCCUUUAAGGAAAUAGAAAAUAAUAUUUUGCGGAAACCAAAAGCAUUGCUAGAUAUGUUGCCAAAGGAGACCCUUUUAUGGUAUAUUAUGCAUUCUGAAAAAGUAUCCCAAAGGGAAAACUUUUAAUGUUGUGGAAUUUUUUUCUAAAAUAAUUACUGCUGAUUUUGUCUUGUUUCUUAAAACCAGCAACAACAAAAAUGGCACCCAAGAAGACUUUCAGGCAGAGACAAUGAAUCUGUCCUGAUUAUCACUUACAGAAGAGAUGCUUUUAUGUCAUUUUGUUUAGAUGGUGUCUUAUCAUCUGGCUUUAUGAAGAUUGUGUAUAUAGCUCUGAUUAAUAUAGCACUAGCAAACCAUCUCCUUCACUGCUUUUAGAGACUGAAUUUGAAGGAGUUUAGCAAAAUCAGGAAGAAAAUGUGAUUUGCAACCAGGGGCCCAUUUUUAUGUAUUGCCUUUCUAUGAAAAGUUUUGAUGCCUUUGUAUUUGCAGUUUGCACCCCUGAAACCAAUUCCAUAUCAUAAUGAUGUUUGCCAUAUGUUUUGCACAUUGUAUAUAUGUAAUGCAUACUGUAUUUUUAUAUUUGUUAUACAUUUACCAUUGGAUAUUUUGUACAUAGUGGCGAUGUUGUAGCUACUGAUAAAUUGUUAAAUAGGAGCAUUUUUUUUUUUUUGCAUUAUUUUGUGUUCCAAAAUAAAAAAAAAUUCUAUACCAAAAA